ACAAAUGUGCUACGACGCUAAAUGUCUGACCCAGGACUCCGGUCCAGCCAUAAUAUACAAUGUGCACAUUCAUUGACACGUCACUAGGUCAGACCUCUAAAGAUGGCGACCGCCUACGAGAAAUUCAACCUGCACACUACCCCAGAGAAGUUUUACAUUGAGGCUUGUGAUGACGGCACCAAUGAUGUACUGUCCAUUGACAGGGUGUCCACAGAAAUGAUCCUCACCGUGAGGAAAGACAUUCCUCCCCAUGCGGUCACCAGGCCAAUAUGUGGGAUCAUGGGAACUAUCCGUCUGGUGGCAGGCAUGUACCUCAUCGUUGUCACAAAGAAGAAAAAGGUGGGUGACCUGUUGGGCCAUGCUGUGUGGAAGGCUAUGGACUUUGACGUUAUCUCUUACAAGAAGACUGUGCUGCACCUGACAGACAAUCAGAUGCAGGACAACAAAGCCUUCCUGUCCAUGAUCAACAGUGUUCUGCUCACAGACGGCUUCUACUUUGCUACAGACUAUGACCUGACCCACACUCUGCAGAGACUUGCCAACACCAGCCCUGAGUUCCAGGAGAUGAGCCUGCUGGAAAGGGCAGAUCAGCGGUUUGUGUGGAAUGGUCACCUGUUGAGAGAAUUCAUGCCACAGCCAGAGCUGCACAGGUUUGCUUUCCCAGUUGUCCACGGCUUCAUCAUUAUGAAGUCCUGCUGCAUCAAUGGGAAGAUCUUUGACUGGAACAUCAUCUCCAGGCGGAGCUGCUUCAGGGCUGGAGUACGUUACUACGUCAGAGGCAUUGACUCAGAGGGUCAUGCAGCUAACUUUGUGGAGACAGAGCAGAUUGUCCAGUACAGCGGGGGCAAGGCCUCAUUCGUACAGACCCGAGGCUCCAUCCCCUUCUACUGGUCCCAAAGACCCAACCUCAAGUACAAACCAAAACCUCAGAUCAGCAAAACCAUUGACCAUCUGGAUGGCUUCCAAAGGCAUUUUGACUCGCAGAUCAUCAUUUAUGGAAAGCAAGUGAUUUUAAAUCUGAUCGACCAGAAAGGCUCAGAGAAGCAAUUGGAACAGGCCUUUGACAAAAUGGUGUCCAGCUUGGGCAACGGCAUGGUCAAGUACAUAGCGUUUGACUUCCACAAGGAAUGCAGUCGGAUGAGGUGGCAUCGCCUGCAGAUCUUAGUCGAUAUGGUGACAGAGAUGCAGGACGAGUAUGGGUACUUCCUGGUUGAUGUGGAUGGGAACGUUCUGGUGCAACAGGAAGGGAUGUUCCGCAGUAACUGCAUGGACUGUUUGGACCGUACCAACGUCAUCCAGAGUCUGCUGGCACGACGCUCACUGCAGUCACAGCUGGAGCGACUGGGAGUUCUCCACAUGGGCCAGAGGAUUGAAGAUCAGUUCGACUUCGAGAAGAUCUACAAAAAUGCGUGGGCAGACAAUGCCAAUGCGUGUGCCAAGCAGUAUGCUGGCACAGGGGCCUUGAAGACGGACUUCACAAGAACAGGGAAGAGGACACAAUGGGGGCUGGUGAUGGAUGGAUGGAACUCCAUGAUCAGAUACUACAAGAACAACUUCUCAGACGGCUUCAGACAGGACUCUAUUGAUCUGUUCCUGGGUAACUAUUCCAUUGAUGAGGCAGACAUGACCACACCCCUUCAUGAGACCAAAGACUGGAAGUUCCUCACGUUGCCCAUUAUCAUGGUUGUGGCAUUCUCCAUGUGUAUCAUCUGCCUCCUCAUGGCUGGUGACACGUGGACGGAGACCCUGGCGUAUGUGCUGUUCUGGGGCACAGCUAGCUUCGUGACGGCCGGCGUCAUCCUCUUCAACGGUCGGGAGUUUGUAGACGCGCCCAAGCUGGUCCAGAAGGAGAAGAUGGACUGAAUGUGUGCGUGUGGAAAGCAGCUACGCCCCACAGACUUCUCCUCUUCAUCCCACUCUUCUUCAUCAUCGUACCCUCGGGAUCAGCGGGCCUGGAGCCUUUACUGAUUACUGAGCCAACGGCGUGAGGAAGAGGAGGGUGAGGGUGGGGUGAGAGAAAGGCCAGGUGUAUGAUGUAGGGCUGUGAAGCAUACAGGGACUCGCUCUGCACUGGCCUGCUGCUGUCCACACCACUAAGCACAUUGUUUGGGCUGGGGCUGGGGAAUAUCCCUAACCUGGUCCAUAGACUGACUGUAUAGGCUGAAAACUGUUUGAUUUUAUGAUACAAUACCCCACUACGGUAACACAGUUACCCCGCUGCACGGAAUGCAUAUGAACGGGCACUGCUGUUGUUGCCAUAGCAACAUUGCCAAGGGAACUACUUUAAAAAAAAUAUCUUGCUUUUUUGUUGAUUUGUCACCUAGCUACAUCAUGUCAUAUUUGCUCUGUUGGUUGCCAUAUUGUUUCAGUGUCAUUGCCCCUCGGUGGUCGAUCUGAGCGUAGUGUCUUAGUGUGAUAGCUGACCUAUUGGGUGCCAGUGGCUGUCUGUCGGCCCAGCCCAAGCCAUGAUCCCAAAACUAGGUCACCAAUAGUCAUGGAAAGAAUGUGCUAGCUGGUCAAUGGAUGGUGAGGGAAUGUUCUAUUUGGUCAAUAGGCAGGAAGAGAACGUGCUAGCUGGCCAGUGGUUGUUGAGAGAAUGUUCUAGCUAGCCAAUAGUUGGGGAGAGAAUGGACUGAACUGUUUCAAUAGGGAACUUUGGUUAUGGUGUCCCAUCACCAUUAAUGCCAUAACUGCCCAUACUAUUCUCGCUCACUGCACUUCUGAGUGCACAGAAACUAAGCGUUUCACAUGAGGAUUGCUCUGAGAUGUGACGAGAGGGAUGUUUGUCUGUGUGGUAUGUCUGGCUGUCUAGUCUUCCCAGGUAUGGAAAGCUUCAUGAAACAGCUGGAAAGACAAAUCCUCAUUAGUUUCUAACAACCAAAAGGUGUGAGAGAGCAUCAAACUAUAUACUAUAGUGAGUAGGAUCUGUCUUUGACCAGUAGACUGUGAGGCCCAGACCUAGGCUAAUAAUGAAGCAUGGAUCUAAUGGUCCAAAGCAGCCAUUUCUAUCUCAAUAUCAAGUCAUUUCUGGGUAACAAUUAAGUAACUUACUGUUAUUGUUUUCAAUUAAAAUGGUUGUCUAGGA